UUCCCUGUUCCAGUCCUUGGGAAAGGAUAGGCUGGGACGGACUCGCCUAGAAAGCAGUAGUCAGGCACAGACCCUAGAAUUCCCGGCAAGGAGAGGCUGGGGGCCGCCCCUGUGGAAUCUGGGGGUGGACGGGGUGGGGAUGCCUCAUCAGCAGCGCUGGUGGGCGCUGGGACGCCUCCCGCGCGAAGCUCCCUCGCCUGGGACUCUGAUCGCUGGAGGAGGCUUUCCACGGCUUCUGGAGCAGCCUGGCAAACAAGUUCUCCAUCCCCACCCGGAGGACGCGGAAGGGGUUGGAGGAUCUCCCUCCUCGUCGGGACCAGGUGUCCUGGCCUGUCCCAGCGGCUGGGGCGUGGCCAGGAUCGGCACAUCCAGGUGCACAGGGCAGAUGAUGAACUCAGGCAGAGGAGGCGAAGGGGGAAAGGCCCACCCGGAACACCUGGGUCCAGCAUUGCAGCGGGUCGCCAGAGCUCCACGGCCAAGGAAGACCGGGGCUGCUAGGACGCCAGGUCCACCUGAGGAAGGAGUUGGUGGGACAUCGUCUAACUUCAGUGGGCCUCACAGGCUGGGAGAAGGAGACUCCGAGGUGUGGUGCCAGGUCCACUGCUAUCUUGCCAUGUGGGUCCCCAGCCGACAUCACCUCUGUCUGACCUUCCUGCUAGUCUGUGUCUUCUCCGCCAUCCUCCUCAUCCAUAUCCACCAAGACCUCUUUCCUGUUGGUCUAGACCUGUCCGCCCUGUGUCCAGACCGCCACCUGGUGACAGCCCCCGUGGCCAUCUUCUGCCUGUCAGGCACACCAACGGCCCCCAACACCUCCUUUUCCUGCUCUCAGCAUCCUGGCAACCUCUCAGGAACCUGGACUAUCUACCCAAAUGGCCGGUUUGGUAACCAGAUGGGACAGUACGCCACACUGCUGGCUCUGGCCCAGCUCAAUGGCCGCCGGGCCUUCAUUCUCCCCGCUAUGCAUGCCGCCCUGGCCCCCGUGUUCCGCAUCACCCUGCCGGUGAUGGCCUCGGAGGUGGACAGUCACACACGGUGGCGGAAGUUGGAGCUGCAUGACUGGAUGUCAGAGGAGUAUGCCCACUUGAAGGAUCCGGUGCUGAAGCUCACUGGCUUCCCCUGCUCCUGGACCUUCUUCCACCAUCUCCGGGAACAGAUCCGCAGGGAGUUCACCCUGCACGACCACCUCCAGCAAGAGGCACAGGGUUUGUUGAGUCAGCUGCGUCUGGGCCACACCGGGAACCGGCCAGGCACCUUUGUGGGGGUCCAUGUGCGCCGCGGGGACUAUCUGCAGGUUAUGCCCAACCACUGGAAGGGUGUGGUGGGUGAUGGUGCCUACCUGCAGCAGGCUAUGGAUUGGUUCCGGGCACGGCACAAAGCCCCCAUGUUUGUGGUCACCAGCAAUGGCAUGGAGUGGUGCCGGGAAAACAUUGACACCUCCCAAGGGGAUGUGACUUUUGCUGGUGAUGGGCAGGAGGGUUCCCCUGGGAAAGAUUUCGCACUGCUCACACAGUGCAAUCACACCAUCAUGACCAUUGGCACCUUCGGCUUCUGGGCUGCCUACCUGGCUGGUGGAGACACUGUCUACCUGGCCAACUUCACCUUGCCUGACUCCAACUUCCUGAAGAUCUUUAAGCCCACGGCUGCCUUCCUGCCUGAGUGGGUGGGCAUUAAUGCAGACUUGUCCCCACUCCAGAGACUGGCUGGGCCCUGAGCAGCAGAGAGAGAUUCUGGAAUGCUUAAUCAAUCUAGGUCCAGCAUUAUGAGUUUCCUAAAGCCUAACAUAGCUUCUGGAGGAGCUUGUGGUGGUCCAGCAGGUGGGCACCCAUUUCUAGAGUGAUUUGAGUUGGCUAGACUUUGAGGGAAAGGGGGGCUUUCUGCAACUGCCUGGACAUUCUAGAACCAGCAGAUGAUCUUUUCCUGUUGACUGGCAGUGUUGAGACAGGCUCAUGGCAGUUCUAGAAGGCAAGUGCCUGCUCUUCCCAGCCCAGAUGCAGAGUAUUUCUAGAUGGCCACAACCCAGGAACAGGGAAACCCCCUCUAGUAUUGACCACCCUGGGUUUUUCUAGAAGAGAGAUUUCUCUUCCCCUGGGUCCUCAGGACUAAGGGAACUCAUGAGCAUUCUAGAGCAAGCACUCACCAACUCCCCUUCUGUGUUUCUGGAGUGGUUCUCUAGAGGGGAUUUGCUCAACUGCCUGUGAAGAAAACCCUGCAGGGCUCUUCCAGAGGGGAUGGGGUUCUGGAAUUUCAGAUAACUUUGGCAAAGCAUCUAAUGAGGGUACAACAAGAAGAUCAACAUCUCAACCAGUGCCAGAGAGAUUGGCUGAAGACAAACUUGUGUUUGGACACAAAUACUUGUGUGUAGCUGUGAGCACAGCAGAACUCUGUCCAAUCUCUCAGCAUCUGAAAUAAAGCACAAAGACCUUUCUGGGGAGCAGAUAGGCUAAAGCAUGGGAGGCGGGGAAGAGAUGGUGGCUGAAAUGCUGCAGCUUCUUGGAGCAAGGCUUGCCAGAAAUCCAGGGGCACUUUUGUUUUUUAAACUCAAAAACUGACAACGACAGGUGCUGUACAUGUUGGCACUGAGUUUGGGUUGCUUUUUGCAAUUAAGAAAGUUUCCUUCUCUGCAGCUGUGCUGCUGGGAGUCGUGCGAACCAAUUCUCUGGAAUUCAGCCAGCCUAAAUGUGUCCCUUGGGCUUGCAGAAAGCCACAGGUACUGUGCCCUCUGCCAACCAUUGUCUGCCUCUGACUUCAAAGAACCACUAAAUCUGGCUUUGGGCAAAUUGGGGAUGAAAGGACUGGCCUCAAACCCAGGCAGGAGGAGCACACGGUCUGGCCAAGGGGAUGGGGUUCCCGAUUCAGAUUUUAGGAGCCCCUUCAUGCUUUUUGAAGGGGGCAAAAGUAGAUAACUAUUACACAGAAAACUCUGAGCACACCUUUUUAUCAACCCACUGGAGAAUCUAAGCUCCUUUUCUAGUCUUCUCAGGGAGUUUGGGGGAACUAUUUCCUACUUAGCUGCCACAGGUGGGAGAGAAGAGGAGGUAUGAAUUAAACAUCCACAUCAUCAA